CCUCUGGUGGCUACGAUGACAAUCUGUGUAUCUUUUUGAAAGGAAGUAAUUUGUAAAUGUCAACCAAAGCUUAUGAGCAUGAGGGAAAUAUGGGUGUAGCAGGUUGCCGAUGUUAAGCUCAUGAUACGAUGCCGAUCUUAAUGAGUUACUAUCACAAAUUCCAGUACACCAAAUCUUACAUUUCCGAAAACGCGUCACUCGGUCACAGGUGUGGUGAAUCUGUGUGUUAAUCAUUUCCUGGUCUGGUAGUUACAACACACCGAAUUUGAACCGUGACUUCGAAUGUGAGCGCUGAAGAGACAUGUGUUGUGAUAACUGUAAAGGGUGGUGGAGAUGAAUACGACUGGGGAUCUGAACAUUUGUUGGGGGUUACUUCCCUCCUGGACGCCGGCUGACCUACCAUUGUCCCCUGACCCACACAAUGACUGUCCACAGCUGGAGACAUACCGGUACAUCAAGAAGACAGUACCAUGUCCUCCACCCACCAAACCCUGUCUGUUCUGGGCUGCAGCCAACAACAGCAUAUUAAGUAGUGGGGACAUUCAGCUGGUGACUUCUGUCUGUGGCAUUCCCAACAUUUCCGAAUGCAGUAAUUACCCCCGACUUAACCCAUCCCUUAUCGAGGAAUCCCUGUGUACCCCUGUGUGCCUUGCUUUGGUUGUCAGCUUAAGUUUGCUCCUGAUAGGUGUGCCCCUUGUGAUUGUGGGUUAUUGUUCAUUCAAAGGUCGGAAAAGGAGCCCAAGUGAAUCAUGCUGCACAGGGGUUUGCAUUUGUGUUGAUAGAGUUGUCAUAAGAAAGACUGGCCUGAACAGAAGUGAGUCCUGCUCCCCAGCUAUGGCCGAGAGUUGGAGCAAACCUGAGAUAAAUGUUACAGGUCUCAGUAACGAUGGAUAUGUCAAUGAAGAAGUCCUUCUUGAUUGGCAGAUGGAAAGAGUGGAGUACUGUAAUUCUGAAGACAAAGACCUUGACAGUGGCAUUGUUCCCAAUGCUGAGCUGAAGCCGGAUGAAUCCAUGGAGGAAAAUGGUGAUGUGUUUAGUGAAACACCGCCCAGCUCCCGAUGUGGUAACCAUGACCUCUCCACCCAGAACAUAUUAUCCGACUGUUAAAUUGAAUCUCUCUAUGCAACUUCUGAUGAUGUCUUUCCACGUUCAACAUCUGUUUCAUGCAAUAAUUUGCUACUCAUCUGGCGUGUGAUCUUGCAGAUUUCUUCGGUGUAGAACAUUUUCCUUUCAUCUUGAAUGUGCCUUUUUUGUACAUGCCUUUUGUACAAGUACAUGAUGUAUCCAUGUGCAGAUUGUUCAUUUGGAAGAAAUUCCUGACAUGUUACACCAUGGAACAGAGACAAGAUACUGAAAUCAUCGUUUUUUGCAUAUAAAGUGUUGUUAAUAUUGAAGCUGGUCUUCCAUUUCAAACCAGCCAAAAUUUGUUCAGGAUAAAAUAGCUCAAGUACUUUUUUUUCAUUGAUUGUGCUGUAAUUCUUGCAAAAAAGUUAAGCUUGCUUCAAUUCCAUAUUACCUCUUGGUACACUAUUUUCAAAUUCCCUGCAUUUGUUUUUCUCCAUAUUCGAAAGAAGAUAAACUAAACAAAUGCAACAGGCACUAAACAAAGCAAUCAGCGUAAUGCUAGUUAUCUCAAGAACUCGCUUAUUGUGAACUAAAGGCUGUAGGCUAUGUAAGGCAUAUACUUAUGUCAUCAAAGGACCCUCUCACUGGUGUUGUGACAUCAUUUUAUGUAUUUAUAUGAAAUACUUUACUAAUAUUUUGAUUUUGUGGCUUAUAUUCAAUUUACAUAAUUUAUGAAUUUAUUUUCUUUAUUCAUGCAUUGGCUCUGUCAACUGAAGUUUAAAUUUCAGUGAUUUUUUUUAUACAUAUGUAUUAAACUCCCUGGUGUUUAAGUGAAGAAAUUCAUAUCCCUGUUAUGUAUGAUAAGUUAGUUUGAUCUUCUUUCUGUUUUGUUAAUUGUAAGCAAGAUAAAGCUCAAUCAUUUUGUUCAAAUUUGUGAUAUAAUAAAGUAUAUAUCAAUAUCAAAAAAAAAAAAAAUAUAUCAAAAUAAAAUUAAGCAAAAUAUACUGACUUCAUGUACAGGCCUAGCUCAGUGCUGAUAAGCGGUCCCCACAUUGGUAAACUGAGAAAAGGAACAUUUAGGAGAUUAUGGUUUUGAAGCCCCCCCCCCCCCCCCAAAAAUGAUUAUAGUAUAAUUUAUGAUUUUUGAGGAUAUGCCUCGUAAUAACCUCUCUAAUUUAUGAUUUUUGAGGAUAUGCCUCGUAAUAACCUCUCUAUUUUGUAAUACAUGCAUAUUCCGUCAAUGGUUGUUAAUGGUAGGAAAUUACCUAAUCUAUGAUAUUCAUAGCAACACGGGACCUUCUUUAAUGUAUUUAAUGUAACUUUAAUGAUGCUUAUGUAUACGUAAGCUGCCUGACAACCGAAUGCAAGUUUUAAAACAUCCUUUUGUACUCUGUAAGGUCAAGUUUGAGUUUCAUGCUCUUUUGUUAGGUGUAAUUUUUAAUGAAGUUAAAGCCAUUUUGGUCAGACUUAAACUGUAGGCAUGGCAUCGUGUUUUGUUCAUUGAUACUAAAGUCAAGACAGACCAACAUAGUAGAUGCUUGUAUUGCAUAUUAAGUUCUAAUUUAAUGCUUCAUUUUCAUGUUAUGUACAUGUAUUUGUUGAAAAUUGUGGUUGAUAUUAUGAAACUGUCGAAAGAGCAUACUGACUGAGCAGUAUGACAAGCUCUUAGUGUUUGCAGGAUGCUUUUUAUUGUAGCUUUGUUCAUCGGAGCAUAUUUAUGACAUUGAUCAAUCUCUAAUUUAUUGAUUAUAGGGACUUAUGGGUUAUGGUUGUA